AUGUCCGACUGCGCUACUAUACCUAGCCGUUUUCAACUCUGGCUACUGAAAUGGUUCUCUAUAGCUCAAAAAAUUUCGCUAUCUAUCACCUUACUUUCAGCUCGAGUUCAACAGCAUCUUCUUAAAAUGACGUCCUCGCCUUUGAAUGAGCACUCGUUGGCGUUUGGCUACCGUCCAGCUGGCACCUUGCCCACUUCCUACUUUGGUGCAGCACCAUUUCAAGGGUAUCAAGGCGACUUCACGAGCUAUAUGACGAACCCGGGAUGGUACGGUGGUGGGGAUCCACGGUUUGCUGCAUUGCUACCGUGUGGCAUCGACCCUUCCAGAGCGGCUGUACAUGGAAUUCAACUUCCGAUGUCUCAACGACGAAAACGACGGGUUCUUUUCAGUCAAGCUCAGGUCUAUGAGCUUGAACGUCGUUUCAAGCAGGCUAAAUAUUUGACCGCACCAGAACGAGAACAACUGGCGAACUCGAUUCAUCUUACCCCGACUCAGGUGAAAAUCUGGUUCCAAAAUCAUCGGUACAAGUGCAAACGACAGGAGAAAGAAAAAGCCAUGACGGGUGGUCUCAGCCAUCGCGACGACUCGGCCAGUCCGCAAUCGGUGGAUGGGGAUGGCAAGGCUUCGCCAGCGUUAAACACGCCCAAGGAGGAUCCGUCCUGCUCAGAGGCGGAGCCUAGUCAAUCCACCUCCGAACCGCUACCCGAGAUUAAAGGCGGCAUGUUCAC